GACUAUAUAAAUUUUGUGAAAUGCUUAUCCAAACCAUAACUUCAUCUAAACUUUUCAGAAUUUUGUACCUUGUUUUCUUACAGAACUUUGUUCCAUUCUUUUUUUAUGAAAACAUAAAUAUCCAACCAAACUUUUUUUGACAUUCAGAAUCAAACACCUUUAAAAGAUAUACCAUAUUGUAGAGAUGAAAAAGUUACACACAAGUUAUUCAAACUCAACAUCUUCUAAGCUAGGAGUUAAUAAAGAUUCACAAGUGAUAUCAAAAGUAAAGCCAAAGAUCAGAAUAAUUCACAUAUAUGCUCCAGAAAUCAUAAAAACUGAUGCUGCAAAUUUCAGAGAGCUUGUUCAAAGACUCACAGGAAAGCCAGAAGAUGAAACUGAAAGGGGAGGUGUAAGAAGCAAAUCCAACACUGCACCCCUACCAACCCAAGAUCUAAGGGAUUUAAACACCAACAAGAAGGCCAUGAUCAUGCAAGAUGAUGAAAAAGAGUUUCUUAAUCACCAAAAUGGGAUUAAAGUAAAGAAUGAAAAUGAAAAGAAACAAGAAAUUGAAGAAGAUAUAUGGAGAAGAUCAAAAUCAAAUGAGAAAUUCAGUGGUUUCUUAGAUGGAUUCUCAGAAUUAGAUGGUUUUAUGGAUGAGUUAAGUACUAUUCCAUUACUUAAUCAAAAUUAAUACCUGCUUUUGAUUUGUUGUUAAUUUGGUUUUUUUCAUUGAUGUGUGCAUAUUUAUCACCAAAAUAGUCAUAGAAAAAGUAUUUAUGCCUCUUCAUUAGUUUGACAAUUAACUAUCUUGCUUCUGAUGCUAUGCAUCAUGAUAUUAAAUAAAGGUAUGCGACUGUGAUCUGAAUUACGACAUAACAUAACAGUUUUUUAUGUCGUCAAAAUUGCAAUUGAGGUUGCAUCAGUUGCAUUUGCAACAUCAAAGAUUGCAAUGCGACCACGUUGCUGCGACCACACUAUUUAAAAUCCUGCUAUGCAUGUGUAUUGAUUUCAAGUGGCCCUUUUGAUACUGAAGUAUUAUAAUGAGCAUUUAUGAACAUUACUUGCUUUUAUA